CUCCUCUUUCCCUUACGCUUGCCUGUUUUGGCCCCGGUGGCUCGCCAUCAUUGGCGAAGACAUUCGCUAGGAUGGCGACUGGAACCCCGGAUUCGCAAGCACGAUUUGGUCAGUCAGUGAAGGGGCUUCUCACUGAGAAAGUGAACACCUGUGGUACCGACGUGAUCGCGCUCACCAAGCAAGUGCUCAAGGGGUCCCGCAGCUCCGAGCUGCUGGGUCAGGCAGCUCGAAACAUGGUACUACAGGAAGAUGCCAUCUUGCACUCCGAAGACAGCUUAAGGAAAAUGGCAAUAAUAACAACACAUCUUCAGUAUCAGCAAGAAGCUAUUCAGAAGAAUGUUGAACAGUCAUCAGAUCUACAGGACCAGUUGAAUCACCUGUUAAAAUAGAAUGGUAUAUAAGAGGGGAACAGCACUUCUUUGCCUGAUGCUAAGGAGGAUUGUCUUAUACAACUUUUGGGCUGUGGGUUUGAUUUUCCAUUUCAUCUCAACAUUGCAUUUGAAAAAAAUUUGUUGAUGUAUGGUUUCUCCUGAAAAGAAGUUGACAGCAUAAAACUUCUACUGUGAACCUUGAAAAUAAUUAAUAUUUUUUUCUUUUAGAUCAUUCAGGACACAUUUUUAUUUCAUGAAUAUUAAUAGGUAAUGAAUAAUGAUAGGUAAUACCUGUUGACUUGUUCUUUUCUUUUCUAUUAACUCAGAGAAGAUACUUAUCUUAUUUGUUGUAGCAAAUUCCUAAAUGAAAAUUAGGUAAAUGGUAAUCAUAUCUGGCCAGCUGUAGCCUCUUGCCUUGACCUGCAUUCCGUGGGUUCCUUUGUUGUUGUGAUUCUUGAUUAAAUGACCUUGGUUCAUUUUGUAAUUUUGCUAAUUAUCAGCAAGUUCACUUGUAGGACGUCAUUGCCAAAUGUGAAGGGAGAUGAAUUACUAUGAAUGAUUGUGGCACAGGAUUGUAUCAUGAUGAAAACCUUAAUAUUUGUAGGUAUUUACCUAUGUUCAUUAGAUUCUUCUUGUUAAUUGACAUUCCCAUUAUCUAUAGGAAUACUUUGUUUGAAGUUAAUUUGGGACUAUCCUAUUCUAAGGAAUUGAGAGAAAGCUGACAUGAGAAAGUGUCUUCCCUGAUAGAAAAAAAAAAGCAAAAUCAAUCCAAUUUAAUUCAUAUUGUAUAAUACCAAGUUUACAGAUCAAAUUACAUAUGUCUCUCUUUAUACACAUAUGUAUGUAUACACUUAACUUGUGAAGAAUCUGAAAAGUCAAUUAAGCAUUAAUUUUAUAAACUUUUACUAACAAUUAUUUUUAAAUGUAAACAGGCUCUACUUACCUUUAAAAAAGAAAAAAAAAAAAAACUAAGUCCAACUAUUACAAGAAGUGGUAAAAUACUUAAGACAAAAAAAACAUUAAAAUGGAGGUGUGAUCUAUGUUUGCUUUGUGUUAGAACAAAUGUUAAAGAAGCAGUGAUUAGCUGGACAUGGUGAUACAUGCCUGUAAUUCCAGCGAUUCAGGAGUCUAAGGCAGAAGGAUUGCAAGUUUGAGGCAACUCAGCAAUUCAGUGAAGCCCUAAGUGAUUUAGUGAGACCCUGUCUCAAAAUAAAAAAUAAAAAGAUAAUAAAAUACUAAAAAAAAAAAAGCUGGGGAUGUGGCUCAAGCGGUAACGUGCUCGCCUGGCAUGCGCGGGGCACUGGGUUCGAUCCUCAGCACCACAUAAAAGUAAAGAUGUUGUGUCCACCAAAAACUGAAAAAUAAAAUACUAAAAAAUAAAAUAAAAUAAAAUAAAAAAAUAAAAAGAGCUGGGAAUGUGGCUCAGUGGUAAAGCAUCCCUGGGUUCAAUUCCCAGUAAGGAAAAGAAAAGAAACAGUGAUUGCUUAUAUUGUAUCCAAUAAGAUAAAUUUCAUAGUAAAUAUUGUAAUAGUAAAGGUAUUUGGGCUGGGAUUGUAGCUCAGAGGUAGAGCACUGGCCUACCAUGUGUGAGGCACUGGGUUCGAUCCUCAGCACCACAUAAAAAUAACUAAAUAAAUACAUGUCCACCUAUAACUAAAAAAUAAAAUAUUAAAAAAAUAGUAAAGGUAUAUAAUGAAAAUCUAGUAGUAGUGAAAUCAGUCACUUUAAAAAACGUAAGGCCAAAAUAUAUGAAAGAAAAUAAACAAAUAACCAGAAAUGUGAGAGCAAUAGAAAAUGUUACAUAAUUUUUUAAUAGAAAUAAAUAACAUAGAUAGAAUUCACUAGUGAUCAAAAACAUGGAUACAAAAAAUACUUCAUUGGUAACAUAAGUCAUAGUCUGGUGGUUUAAACAAAUGUUUAGUUUGCACAGUUCUGGAGUUUGGGAGUCUGAGAUCAAGGUUUCCGUGUGGUUGGGUUCUUGAUGAAGGCCUUCCUCUUAUUUCACAGAUGAUCAUCUUCUCAUUGUAUCCUCAUGUGGCAGGAAGAAAAAUCAUGUCUCUUUUCCAAUGGGAACUACUCCCAUGCAUGAGAGAUUACACGACACCUUCAUGUCCUAAAUACCUCCCAAAGCCCUCACCCCUAAUGUCAUCACAGGGGAGAUACAUAUAUACCACUCGCACUUCUCCUACCUUAGCCUCCCUAGCCUCUGGGAUUACAGGCAUGUACCACCUCACCUGGCAAUUAUCGUUUUUUAAAUUAGUUUUUGUGCCAGGUGUGGCAGCACAGAGCUAUAAUUCCAGGGACUCAGGAGGCUGAAGCAGGAGGAUUCCAAGUUCAAGGCCAGCCUCAACAAUUUAGUGACUCUGUUGUCAAUUGACCUUUAUUUUGCUUAUUUAUAUGCGGGGCUGAGAAUCAAACCCAAUGCCUCACAUAUGCUAAGUAAGUGCUCUACCACUGAGCUACAAACCCAGCCCAAAGAUAGAUAGAGAGUACCAAAAAUAAAGGAUAAAAAAUUAGUUUUUGGGGCUAGGGCUGUGGCUCAUCGGCAGAACGCCUGCCUCACACAUAGGAGGCACUGGGUUCGAUCCUCAGCACCACAUAAAAAUAAAUAAACAAAAUAAAGAUAUUGUGUCCAUCUAUAACUAAAAAAUAUUUUUAAAAAAUUAACUGUGGUAAUAUUUACAUAGGGCUUAAUAUGAGAUUUAGUUUAUGUAGUAUACAAAUAAUUUAGUUUAGGUACUAUACAGAUAAUUAGCAUAUCUGCCAUUUAUUAGGGGUAUUAAAAAAAAUAAAGAAUGUGGCUUGGGAGGCUGAGACAGGAGGAUCACAGGUUCAAAACUAGCCUCAGCAACAGGGAGGCACUAAGCAACUCAGUGAGACCCUGUCUCUAAAUAAAAUACAAAAAUAGGGCUGGGGAUGUGGCUCAGUGGUUGAGUGUCCCUGAGUUCAAUCCUCAGUACCCACUCCCCAAAAUAAAUAAAUAAAGAAAGAAAGAAUGAAACAAGGGUUGUGGGAUGUAACUCAGUGGUAGAGCACUUGCCUAGUAUGUGCAUGACCCUGAAUUUGAUCUCCAGCAUUACAAAAAAUAGAAGAAAAACAAAAACAAACCUGUUGAUGAGGUACUGACCAAUCAGAAUGGCUGACAGUCUCAAUCUGGUCCAAAAUCAGCUCAACACACCAGAUACCCUGAGGGAAAAGUGGGAAUAACUCAUUUUAAGUUUGUGGUAGUUUGCUUAACUGCAUUAUCUGUGUGUGGUUAAAUAUUAUCAAAUGGUUCUUAUAAAAUGAAGAAAGACUAAACCACAGACUGAAGAUAAUAUAAUAAAGCAAGCCCAACUGAAAAUGAUAGAGCCCUCUCUUUAACCUCCUUCCUGUUAAUUAAUCUUUUCCUAUAAGAAAAAGCUGCUUCUUCUUCUUUUUUUUUUUUGUAACAGGGAUUGAACCCAGGGCACUUAACCACUGAACAACAUCCCCAGUCGUUUUUAAACAUAUUUUAUUUUGAGAUAAGAUCUCCCUAAAUUGCUUAGGGCCUCACUGGUUGCUAAGGCUGGCUUUGAACUUGCAAUUCUCCCGCCUCAGCCUCCCCAGCUGCUGGGAUUAUAGGUGUGUGCCACCACAGCCCACUAAAAGCUUCUAUUUUUAACAAGGAGUGAGAAAGUAACUGCUUUUCUAAAGGAACUCAUUCUAUGGAGAGAAUAUUUUGAAAACUAAUUAUUGAGGACUGUUUCCACCAUUACAUAAUUUCUAGAAAGUGAUACCUAUAUAGAUGUUCCUUUUAUGAAUUUAGUAGUUGUAAAGGGCUGGAGGUGUAGCAUUUGCCUAGCUUGUGCAAGGUCCUGAGUUCAAUCCCCAGCUCCAGCAAAAAUGAAAAUUUACUAGCUGAAUUUUAACAAACCUUUUAUGUACUGGCAAAUGAGACUAAAAAGUGAAUGUAAUUUAGCAAGAGUCUACUUUUUUACAAAGGUACCCUUUCACUUGGACCUCCCUGCCUCCAUACCGUCCUGAUGAUGGAAAUGCUUGUUGCAACCACAAAAGGAAAUGAGAUAUAUAAAUAUAAUGGUCGGCAAUACCCGGAAAACACAUGUGAACCGACCAAAAAUUACUAUAGGUGAAAAUGAACUUAACCAAAAUUGCUUUCCUAAAUACAGCUCAGAAUAAAUUAAGAAUGGCUACAUACUGUGUGAUUCCAUCUACAGGACAUCUGGAAAAUGUCCUAUAGGGAGGGGAACAGAUCUGUGGUGGCUUAGGAGCUGAGGGUGAGAGGAGGGAAUUUACUACAAAGGGGCACAGAGAAACUGGUAUGAGAACUUUUAACCUUGGUGACAGUGAUGUACAGGUUUGUCAAAAUUCAUAGAACUGUACGCUGAAGAAAGGUGAAUUUGGUUGAGUGUAAAUUUUAUCUCAAUAAACCUGACUUAAAAAACG